AUCAACCACGAAUGGAUAUUCCAGUUUUCAAAGUGAGAGCGGAAGGCUCUGAAAAGGAAAGGACUUUGCAUCGAAACCACUUACUCUUGGUAGAACAUCAGGAUGAAGAUAGUGAGUUGGAUGAAGUUGAUGAAACAGAAUUGGAAGGAAGGGAUGCAUCCAUAAUAGAAGAAGCACACAAGAUGAUUGAUGGUGCAUAUGAUUCUGACGAAGAAAGUGAAGGUGCAGGAAAUACAGGACUUGUAUUCCAACAUGGGGACGCCUAUGAACCUGAGACUUGUGUCAAUCAUGAUGAUAGCGAGGCUAGUGAAAGGGUUGAAGUUGUAGAUCUCGGUGAUGAGGAGAUAAGCGUCAUUAGUGAAACUGAUAUUGCUAAUAAUUUCAACCUUGUUAUUUCAGAAGAUGAUCUGGAUGUCCUGGAAGAUUCUAUUGCUGAGAAACAACAAGAAGAAACCAUAGAUGUCUUACCUACUGUACAAGAGGUCGAAGAACACAGAGAUGAACGGACAGCUGAUGAAGCUACCGGAGGAACGGAGUUCGAGGUGGUACCAGAGGAAGACAGAAAACCUAAAGAGAGACCCACACCAGUACCAAGACGCUCAGACCGUGUAAGGAAGCCACCUAAUAGAUUUGGUGAAUACCAGAUGUACAGUAACCAGCCGGUGGACCGCAAGUUACAGGCCCUAGACACGCUGAUGCAGUCAGGAGUACUGAGAGAUGUAGAUAGUGAAAUGGCAUACCAACUUAUUGGUGCCAUUAUGAACAAGAAGUGACAUGUUUUAUUGACAUUUACUGUAAUUGGAAUUGUGAAAUCGUUGUUUUUAUAUUAUUUUUUUACUGUAACAUUUUGUGUAAACUCUGUGGUCAUAGUUUUGGGACCAGGGGAGGAAAGUAUGACUGUCUUAAAUUUGCUUGUUAAUCAUUGUAAUGAUCAUUGCCACUAAUGUGUUGUCUGGUAACUAUAGUUUAGUCACAUACUAGAGAGUUGUAUAUCGCUGAAGUUUUUUUCUUAAGACUUAUGUUUAUAGUGUGUAUAGACAUACUUUUUUGUAAGUACGUUGUUAUAUACGGUAGGUGAAGUAGUUAGUGCAUAUUGUCUGACUUUACCUUUGACUUGAAUUGAAAGUGACGCAAUGACGUGACGUCAUUUUACGUGGAGGGGGAGUAUGUGACCAGACCGAUGAUUAUCUGACCGGACUGUGCAUUGCCGAUUUUACUUAUUGAUAUCAUUUGGAAUACUUCUGUUUUAAUCAUCAGUUCAGCAUGGUUUACUUUCAAGGAAUCGGAUUGGUCAAAGGUUUAUGUAACCUUUCUUAUGAUUGGUUCGUGGAUAUUUCGCUCACUGUUUCCCACGAUUUUCUGCAGUCAAGACGUGCUUCAUGCAGUCUUAGUUUUAGUAACUUUUAAAAUCCUUGCGAGUCUUUUUGAGGUUUGUUUCAAGAGACUAACUAACCAUUUCAAUCACUGUGAGUGAGGGGAGGCGUACUGAAGUUUUCAAUACCACAUAUUGGUAAGUACAGUGUAUGAAUGUUGUAUGUUGUAUACGCUGUACAAUGUUUUUGUAUUUGCUUUGACCGUUUGUCAUUGUGGUUAUAUGUUCUUUUGUAUUACAUUGUAUGCCAUGUUUGUACAUGUCAUUGUGUGUUAUGUGUUAUAUUGUAUAUCAGAUACAUAUAGGCCACUAGCAGUCUUUUAUCUCAUCUUCUAUUUAUAUAUGUAUGUGUCUUGAGUACAUUGUUUAUGUAUAUAAUAUAUCUUGCAGAUUACAAGUCUUCAGAACCUGACUUAAGUUGGUACUUAUA